AUGAAUAGUGCACUGGAAAAGAACUCCUCCGCGGUGAGGAAACGCAUUGAGAGCCAUGUCUUUGAAGAUGAAGAGGGAGAGGAGUAUGAAGGCAGUGCAUUCAAUGGCUUUGGCGAUUAUUUCCGUCGGAAAAAGAUCAAGCUGCAAAAUUUGGAUGCCGAAAUACGCGCAUCGUCUGACAAGCCACCCAUCUUCAAAGGGGUUGUUGCUCAUGUGAACGGGUACACUCAACCACCACUCCAAAUGCUUCACCGCGACAUUGUAGAGCACGGAGGUGGCUUCCUCCAGUAUCUAGACUCAAAAACCAUGGCAACGCACAUCAUCACUGCGACCCUACCGCCAAAGAAGGCUGUUGAGUUUAGUCGAUACAGAAUUGUGAAGCCUGCAUGGGUCGUCGAUUCAAUAAAAGCCGGAAAACUCUUGCCGUGGUCAGACUAUCGAGUAUUGGGCGAAAGUCCUAGCCAAAAGGUUUUGAAAUUUGAUGGCGACAGAGGACUCACACAAUCCAGCCCAGCGGCCAGGCGCGGGUACAAGGAGCAGACAGAGAAUAGCUUUUAUACCAGCCAGAUAAAAGCCGAAUCACAACGCCAUGCAGCAACCCAGCUCACGGAGAAAUCGCCCUUGUCUAAUCGGUGGCAAAACGACAAGUCUGAUGAGCUGAUGCAAAGCGCAGAAGUGACCGCAGGCCCUGUGUCUAAUGAAAAGGAUUCAACAAACAAAGCAGUCGAUGAAGAAUUCACAGACGAGCCUAUGGAUUUUGAACAACAGCCGGUGCCCGCUUCUACAAGCCCGACAGAUCCUGCACAGGUACCUCCCAAAAAUAUGACUUCGGAAGAGCAUAAUGCUUGGCUUCUCUCAGAUCCGAAAAUAAGAAAGUCAUCCACUGCGAAUCCCGACUUUCUGAAGCAAUUUUACUCAGAGAGUAGAUUGCAUCAUCUCUCAACUUGGAAGGCCAGUUUAAAGUCAUCGAUGCAGCGUUUAGCAGCUGAAAAGGGCCUGUCAAAUCGGAAGGUGAAGAGCCGACCUAGCUCUAGGAAGUACAUUAUGCAUGUGGACUUUGACAGCUUCUUCUGCACAGUGUCGUUAAAGCGCCAUCCUGAAUAUCUGGACAAGCCAUCUGUUGUCGCCCAUAGCACGGGUGCUGGCUCAGAAAUCGCAAGUUGCAAUUACGCUGCUCGGAAUUAUGGCGUCAAGAAUGGCAUGUGGAUGAAAAGAGCCCUCGAGCUGUGCCCUGAUCUAAAAGUUUUGCCUUACGAUUUUCCCGCAUAUGAAGAGGUGAGCCGUCAAUUCUACGAAGCCAUCUUAGGAAUAGGCGGCAUUGUUCAGAGUGUAAGUGUCGACGAGGCCUUGGUUGAUGCCACUGAUGUCGUCCUUGCGGCCGCUGAAUCACAUGGCCUUGGAGUUGAAGAGGGCAGCCUCUGGAGGGAGCAGCAAAAGGUCGAUGAGAUAGCGUUGGCACUGCGCAACAAGAUCAAAGAAAAUACCGAGUGUGCCGUUUCUGUUGGUAUCGGCGCAAACAUUCUGCAAGCCAAGGUUGCCUUGAGGAAAGCAAAGCCCGACGGGCAGUUUCAAUUAAGGCCAGAGCAAGUCAUGGAAGUUAUUGGUGAUCUAAAGGUCGAGCAGCUACCAGGAGUGGCGUACAGUAUCGGUGGGAAGCUAGAAGAACUGGGCGUCAAACUUGUCAAAGACCUCAGGGAUAUUCCAAAAGAUCGCCUCGUAACGAUUCUGGGCCCCAAGACCAGCGAAAAGCUUCAUGACUAUGCCCGUGGCAUCGAUCGGACGGAAGUCGGGGAGCAGCCUCCUAGGAAAUCCGUAUCGGCAGAGGUCAGUUGGGGGAUCCGCUUCAUCAAUCAGGCCGAAGCUGAAGAGUUCGUCUAUAACCUCUGCAAGGAAUUGGAAAAGCGUCUGGUGAAUGAGCAGGUCAAGGGAAAGCAUCUGACAGUGAAGAUCAUGAGGCGGGCUCUCGAUGCGCCUCUCGACCCAACAAAACAUUUGGGGCAUGGAAAAUGCGAUUCUUUCAACAAAAGUGCAGCUUUUGGUGUCGCAACACAUAACUACGAGAUGAUUGGCAAGGAAGCGGUUUCAAUACUGCGCUCGUUCAGAUUCAGCCCUGGAGAUCUUCGUGGGAUUGGCGUUCAGAUGACAAAAUUGGAGUCGAUCAAGUUGAAUCCCCUGGCCGUGGAAGGAAGCCAGAGAAAGAUUGCAUUUGCUCCAGUCGUUGAGCCAUAUCCUCUAAAGCAGCAACCGAGAGAGCUAGUUGACGGAGCCGAAGAGCGGGAUGGCUCGAGAAAAGGAGGGAUAACUGGAUCAGAACUCAAUCCUCGUUCAGACGAUCCUACAACACCUCAGAAACACAGAGGUAGCCCAGUUCGGGCUCUAUACAGAGUAGGUCAAGAUGAUAAAAAAGUCACUACGAAUAUCAAUGUUCCAGGCACACAAUUCGUGUUGCCGAGCAGCCCUGAUCCUAUGGUCUUGGCCGAGUUACCCAGCGACAUUCGUACUAAGCUUAUGGCUCAGCGCCCGAAAGCAGCUGCUACUGAAUUUCUAAUGGAGACUCCUACGUCAAGACCACAAAGCCCGGUUCUAACGGAUUUACUGUCCUCUCAGGUCGAUAUGGAAGUGUUUAAUGCAUUACCAGAUGAUAUGAAGGCCGAGGUAUUGGCGCUAUAUGGACGAAAGCCGGCUGAGCCUCUCCCGCAGCGUUCACCCGAUAAACACGAAACAACUGGAGCUCGGAAGCCAGCAACUCCAACAAAACCCAGCGGAUCUCGUAAUACACUGGACAAAGUAUCACGCCAGCGAGACGCUCAAGAGGGUGUAAUUCAAACCAAUUUUCGGAUGCCGGUACCAACAGAGGAAGCUCAGCCUGAGGAAAUUGAAGAACUGGAUCCAGAAUUCCUUGCGGAACUUCCAGAAGAUGUCAGAAAGGAAGUAAUUGCUGACCAUCGACGGCGGCUGUUGGCGCUGCAGUCAGGAUUGGAGAUGCCGUUCCCAAGGAGCCAUCAAGAUGGCAAUCUGCUUCCCGGAGGUCAGAAAAUGAUACAGUUUCCUAUGUUGCCACCAGUAAUAUCGUUCUCCGGAUCUAUUUCUUCUACAUCAGAGAUCAAGGACAUGGUAGAUGCGUGGCAUGCCCAGACUAGGAAGGCAGGGCCCCACAAACGAGAUGUCGACGUUUUGGAAAGAUAUUUGGUGAACGUGAUCAAAGAAGAAAUGGAUCUGACCAAAGCUGUUUCGUUGAUCAAAUGGCUAAGUAUCGUGGUUGAUCAGGACGGUGUCGACAGCAGAGGUCGCCGAGCCUGGAAGUUGGCAGUGAGCGGCAUCAAAGCGGCAAUGCAAGCCGCCGUUGAGGAAAGGGGGUUGGCACCAUUGCAGAUAUGA